AUCCGUCUUGAGUAAUUUGAGUCUAAGGAAGAGAGAGAAGAACGGAGAUGAAAGGAUGAAAAAGUGAAAGGAAGAAAAGGCCAGCGACAGGAACCCGAUCAGCUCACAUGACCUUCACCAGCCUCAUCGGGAACCGAAUGGGGAAAGCGCAUCGUUCGGUCCGGGCAGAUCUUCUGUGGGAUGGUCAGUGAAGAUAUUAUAGCCUUGGACAUUCACAGAGUACACCAUCAUCCACAUCCACAUCCACCGUUCCGAGUCAUCCUCCCUCGUAACGGUGUAGUUAUAGGAUCAUAUCUCACGAACCUAUAGAUGGCUGUAUGACAGCCUCACUCGCGCUUUGUCUAGGCAUCUAGUCCAUCCUAGGCAGCUCUCUCUCUCUCUCUCUCUCUCUCUCUCUCUCUCUCUCUCCGUUGAGUCAUCUUCUCUCGACGAGUCGGUGUAACCAUCAACAAACACGGCAGAGCCGCAGUGGAUGGACGAAUAAGACGCCAUUAUCUUUAGCUUUUCGUGGAGAGUCCCACAGUCAGCUCGGGCUAGUUGAGUUUCCCCUCUCUCGUUCUCUCUCUCUUUUCACUUGAUCAUUACCAGCCCCCAAAGAAAAGCCCGUGAAAAAGGACCAGGCGGAGGGCCAACGCAUCGCCUCACUUGCGUGGGAUAUUCUGAUUGGCACCUGGCGAGGGGGGGAGGUCCUGGCCACUACUGCAGCCCGCCUGCAGGCUGCAGCUUCUCGUGGGAAGUUCCACCUGAGAAUUGAUUUUGGCGGAUUUCCUUUUUGGCAUCGUGGACUGUCGGUGGGCGAGUUGGACGAGUUGGACGAGUUGGACGAGCAGGACAAGCUGGACGGACGCUGGCCACACAUCCCAGUCGGUUUGGCGUCGACGAGAAUUUCUUUAAAGUCGUUCCUCCCCCCCCAAGUCUCACCCACCGCGUCUUUCUUUCUGACUCUUGUUUCUCUGUUUCUCUUUCCUCUUUGUUUUUCUCUCUUUCUUUCUCUCUCUCGCCCUCUUGAUUUCUCUAACACCAUCUGCAAUCCUAUUUAAUCGCGUCCUCUUCCACCCUGUUCCUCGCCUUCGAAUGCACCUUAUUUUUGGCAUCUCUUCGAAUUCUACAUUUUUAGCUCCCCCUUCUGAGCUUCUCGUUCUCCACUUCCCCACUUGAAGCUUUCCCCCUUCCCGCCAAAAUGGCCGAACCAUCCACCGACGGGGGCGAGACCAAGCACGAGGUGGACCCCCCCGACAACGUCAACGGCGCCCAAGCUCCCGAGGUCUCCGUCAAAGAUGCCGCAACGACCACUGCCCCCACGGAGAAUCCCCCCAAAGUAGCCGCCGUGUGCAAGAAACACUCGGAUCCCACGCACGACGGGCAGAAGAGGAAAAAGAAGAAGAAGAACAAGAAGAAGAAGCACGGGGCGGCCGAUACCUCAUCCACAGAGUCGAGCUCCUCCUCUUCCUCCUCUUCUUCUUCAUCCUCGUCAGAGGCGACGACGGCCUCGGAUUCGGACGAUGCCGACUCCGACUCGGUCGCCAGUGAGUCGGACACGGUCCAUCGUAAGCGGCAGCGUCUCCGCGCCAAGGCACGCGCUCGGCGGGCCCAGCGUGAAAAGAAGAAAAAGAAGAAGACCAAGACCAAGACAAGAUCCCGUAAGCAGGCUCGGUCGGACUCCGAGACGGAGUCCAGCAGCGAGUCCGAUUCGGAAUCCGAUGACUCGGGCGAAGAGGCAGAGCCUACGGUGGACGAGAAGGCGCUGCGAAAGCUGGUCGCUCGCUUGAAGCUGCAGAAACGAGCCAAGCGUCUACGCGAUCAAACCAACGACGGGUUGGGUGGUCUCGACCCGCUGGGGGAGAAUCGACGGGACAAGCGAUCACGGAAGAAGAAGCCAGCUUCCAAAGUAGCUUUCAAACGGGUUGAUCAACUCUGGGAUAGCACCAUUCACAAUUACAAGCUCACCGAAACGGUCGACGACCCCGAUGCCGACGGAUGGGACCAGUACAUCUUCACCGUGCGCCGCAAGUUCAACUGGGAAAACAAGUACCUGGAGACCGUGGUUGACAUCAAGAGCAAGCAUCUCCGGGAUGCUCUCGGUAAGGUCAUGGAUGGGGUCAAGGGCGUCAGCCUGGUGCAGGAGCCUGCCGUGGUGGACCCCAACAUGCUGUUCCUGUACCUCGAGGAGACUCGUCAGUACAUGAAAGACCUCAAGCGACAAGCUCGGAGUGAGAAGAAGAAGAAGGCGCGGAAAAUUGCUGCGGCCAAGGCCGCUCAUCUAAGAGUCCUGAUUAAAUACCUGGACACGGACUACGCCGACAUCAAGAAGACUCUCUAUCCACUGCUAGAGGCCAACACCAUCACCUUUGAUCUACUGUGGGCAUUAUUCAAGCCCAACACCAUCGCCUACACGCCCACGUAUGGAAACUCGGACGAGCCUCGGGCCUUCAAGAUUGAAUACGCAAUGAAAGAGUCCUCCUUCAUGCGAGGUCAAUGGUACAGCGUGGAAGGCCGGUACCUCGAGUACGACGGAAAGGACUUUGGAUUCGGCACCAUGUCGGCCGAUGUGGAUGCCUUCAAGGGAGCCCGCAAGAUCACCAGUCUAGCCUGCUAUCCGCUGCAAUACCACCGCGAUGCCGAAGCUCUUCGAGCGCGACUGGUCGAACGAGGCAAGCGAUUCGUUUCCUUGCGUGGCAUGAACUACCGCUUCCACAAGGGGAUGGCCUUUUACAAGAAGAAGCGCUCCUUUGUCAUCAAGGUCAACAUCAAUGGACGAGUCAUGAUCGAUCCAGCGAUUCACCGGCGCAUCAACCCCAAUUACCCGAUCAGCACGGUCCGGCCCAAAGAUCCGGAUCUGCUCGAUGCGUCCGAGGCCGGCUUCAGCGAUGCCGAAGAAGACGGUAGCGAUGGCUGCUGCUGUGGCGGAUCGGACUCGGACUCGGAUCGAGGCUGUUCAUCCGAUACCCCCCGAACCGUCUACAAGGUGAUCGAAGACGAAGACGGGACCCCGCGGGUCGUCGAGGUCGAAGUCGACGAGAAUGGCAACGAGAUCCACAAGGAAAAGAUGGACCGAAUCGAGGGAGACGCUGCGGGCAACAAGGAGCGGGAAUUCACCGAAGAGGAACUUCUGGUCGCCAGUCCCGUCGUGCUCGGCUUCGCAUUCAGCGAGAAGCUCUGGCUGGAAUUCACCAUCUCGGGGAUCAGCGAUAUCGAAUGGGAUGCCGACGCCUUUGACUCGCUCGUCCUUCCCAGUAACCAAAAGUCCAUCGUCAAAGCCCUGGUCGAGUCGCACACCUUCCACGCCGCCGAGAACAUCGACGACGUCAUCCAGGGCAAGGGCAAGGGUCUCGUCGCCGUUUUACACGGGCCCCCGGGGACGGGCAAGACCCUCACAGCCGAAGGAAUCGCCGAACUACUCCGGCGACCACUUUACAUGGUCAGCGCGGGCGAACUAGGCACGGACUCGCGCACGCUCGAAGCGGAACUCAACAAAAUCCUCGACAUCGCACACUCCUGGGGCGCAGUCCUCCUCCUGGACGAAGCGGACAUAUUCCUCGAGAAGCGCACGAUCCACGACAUCCACCGCAACGCCCUGGUCAGCAUUUUCCUCCGUCUGUUGGAGUAUUUCCAGGGUAUCCUCUUCCUCACCACGAACCGGGUUGAAACCUUUGACGAUGCCUUCCAAUCACGCAUCCACGUCGCAUUGCGUUACGGCGAUCUCAACGCGAAAGCGAAACGGAGUAUCUGGAAGAUGUUCCUAGAACGAGUGCGUGCUAUCGAGGGUGUCAAGACUGCCACUUUCUCGGAGAGUGAUUACGAUCUACUGUCUCGGCAUACAUUGAACGGUCGUCAGAUCAAAAACUCCGUCCGCACGGCACAAGCCCUCGCCGUCAACGAACGCUCCCCACUUUCAAUGGACCACAUCAAGCGCGUCCUCGAAGUCGCCGAAACGUUCGACCAAGAUCUUCGCGGGGGAACCGGUUAUCUAGACGCAAUGCGUAGUUACACCUAGCGUGGGCAUACACCUAGUGUGGAAUCAUGAGACAUGAACAUGAGGCACGAGUUCACGAGUUCACGAGCAAUAUCCAAUUAGCCCAACAACAAUCCCCCCCCCCCCCCUCUCUUUGCUUUCCCCGUUUAUGUGUGUCCUCCUCUCAUCUCCAUUGCUAUUAUGGUCAAUUUGAUUUUCUCCAUUGCUUUUUCUUUUUCUUUUUCCUACUUUCCUGACUUGAAUUGUGGAGUUCGGUACAUUGCAGGGUGAGACGGAGAAACACGGGGCGAGACUGGAAUUGACAUGAAAAAUUAUGGCUGGACAUGAGAAAUGAACGGGAUUGGGGGACAGGUCCCCAAGUCGCUGGAAACACCAUGCAUUCUGGAGACAUUUGAGAUUGUUUGCGGGUUUUCCAUUUGUGGUUUCUCUCGGUCAUGUUUUGCUUUUCUUAGGUCUGCUGAGAUGGUGGGCUUGGCUUUUUUUAAAUCGCAUCUAAAUCGAUUGACUUAGCUAUCCGAAACUUUCAGUACUCUAGUACGAGUCACCCGUCAUUUAUAAGAUCU